CUCAGUGGACAGCAGGUGAAUGAGCACAAACUCUGGAGAGUGUGAACGACCUGAACACCACUGACAUUAAACCAUCACAGUCUGGAUUAUUACACCUGAAACACAACAACAGCUUCGCAUCACUGCCGCAGAACUCUAAUGGCGUCGAGUGAACUCUGUCAAAUCCUCAACAACGCGAAUGCCAACCUGUACCCGUCUGAUCCGCAGCCCAAUCUGUUGAACAUGAUGCUGCGAGUGCCACAACUCUCUGAACUCACCUUCAACAAUAACAACAACAUCAACACGACAGGUCCCUGGCACCAGGUGAAUCCGCAGUCGUGGAGCAGACAGAACGUCCUGGAGUGGAUUGGAUAUCACGUGGAGGACAGCAGGGUUGAUGCCAGUCUGUUGAACAUGGCCUACUGCAACAUGGACGGGCCGAUGCUCUGCGGGAUGUCCAGAGAUGAUCUGAUGGCUCUGUUCGGGGCCGUGUUCGGUGAUAAACUCCAUCACAGUCUGGAGAACCUGAGAGCCAGAUAUGCUUCGGAUCUACAGGAGAACGCGGUUCUGAGCGAAUCUGAAUUCGACCUCCUGGACAACCUCCUGUUUCCCUUCAUGAGCGUGCCGGGUCUGGGACCAUUGCUGGAGACGGUGGUGGUUCAGCCCACAGACAGAUCUGAGGUCGAAUACAGUUACCUCAGCGAGUACAGAAACCAGCUGACUCCAGAGAGCGAUCACGGUUAUGAUUCUCUGUCUGAGAGUCUGCAGAGCUCUCACAACGGGAGUCUGAUGAACCCGAGCUCGCCCGAGUGCAGUGGAAGCGAUUCUGAUCCAGAAUACUCCGUCCCCAAGGACUCUGUGAAACCAGAACCAGUGCAAGCCAAAAAAAGAGGCAGAGGGCGACCUCCGAAGCAGGCGAAGGGGUUCGAUCACAUCAUCGAGUCCAAAAAAAGCAAACAUGCUCCAAGAGGAACUCACCUGUGGGAGUUCAUCAGAGACAUCCUCAUCCACCCCGAGCAGCAUCAGGGUCUGAUGAAGUGGGAGGACCGGCGGGACGGAGUCUUCAAGUUCCUGAAGUCGGAAGCCGUCGCUCAGCUGUGGGGUCAGAAGAAGAAGAACAGCAGCAUGACCUACGAGAAGCUCAGCAGAGCCAUGAGAUAUUACUACAAGAGAGACAUUCUGGAGAGAGUGGACGGCCGAAGACUCGUCUAUAAGUUUGGGAAGAACUCGACCGGCUGGAGGAUCGAGGCGACGGGAUACUGAAGACCACCUGAGGAAAGAGGGUCGCUUCCACACGUAGAGACUUUGAACUCGUGAUAAAUGAGGAACGUCAGAUCCUCUCUUUAGAAACAAACUCUUUCCAGACGGAAAGCUUUCACAGAAACUGUAAGCCAGUGUUAUGGCUCGAGUAGGUUUUAUGAACCAGUAAAAGUGCGUUGUUGCUCCAGUAGAUGAGCUCUAGUUAUGAUGGCACGCGGGCGUGGCUCGAAUCUCAUCUGUAUAUUCCAUAUUAUGACUCUUUGUAUCAACGCAUGUUUUUUAACUGUAAAGCGAUUGGAACAGUUGAAUUCGACAGAAGGAGGGUGAUAUGAAGUAUGUAUCUAUUCCACUUUUUAUAAAUGUAUAGAUUAUGUUUACCGUCGAAAUACUUGUCAAUCAAGUGCCAAUCAGAUUCUGUUCAAUUCAUCUGUGAUUUCAGUCACUGAAUAUUGCGUAUGAGGUUUUCUCUCAGAUGGUGUUCACGUUUAUUUACUUUGACUUGUGUUUUGUACAAUGCUUUUCUAAAAUAAAGUCAUGUUCAA